AUGAUGAAAACAGUUCGCACUGAAUUCACUCACUCAAACAUUCUUAAAGCCAUCGGAAAUGGACAGAAUCGGAAUGGUUGCUGUUUUGACCAAAAUAUUUAUGUUCAGAAAAGAACGAGUAUUCUCUCAAAUUUAUUCCAUUAUUUCAACAAGGAAAAUAGUGGAACAUUCCGCAACAAACAUCAUCAACUUUGUGUGUACAUGUUUACCGGACAGGGAUCCCAACACUCAAAAAUGUUUCAUGAUUUUCAUGAAAUUCAUCCCGUAAUGAAAUCGGAUGUUUGUAAAAAGAUCUUUUUUCAUCCAAAGAGCAUGGAACAUAUGGAUGAUUCAACAAUAUUGAAUGCUUUUAAAGAAUUUAAAUUUCCAAUCUUUGAUAAUUUGGAGAUCAAGAACAUUGAAAAUCCUCCUACAAGCCUUGCUCAACCAUUAAUCUUACUACAGUCGUACAUGUUGUUUGAGAGGUACAUCCAGUUGAAACACGAAAGGAAUAUUCAUCAGGAUGAACAAGUUCUAUGCAUGUUGGGCCAUUCACUUGGAGAGUUUACAGCACUUACUGCAGCAAAAGGUCUCACCAUCGAGGAGGCCAUUUAUCUUGUUCACGAAAGGGGCUUGUCCAUGGAGAGAAAUAUUACAAAGGAACAAGAGAAGGAAAUGGCAAUGAAAGCCAUUAUUUAUGCUCCAGAAACUCUCAUGAAUGACAUUGAGAAUAAUUUACAAUACGGUACAGCCACUGAAGCACUCUCUUUAAGGUGUGAUAUGGCAAAUAUUAACACUCCAAAACAAGUGGUUCUAAGUGGAAGAGUAUCUGAUAUUGAUCAACAAAUACAAGCGUGGCAAGAAAAUUACAAAUGCAAAUUAAGAACAGUACCUCUUAAUGUGCAUCUUCCAUUUCACUCGAAAUAUUUAAAACCAGUAGCCAAUGACCUGAAGCGGACAUUUGAACAAAUUGAUUUAAAAAACAGAGAGCUUGCAUGUCCAAUAGUAUCCAAUCUCAACGCCAAGUUUGUCCAAAACUUGAACGAAAUGAUUGCAUAUUCAAUCGAUCAAGUAUAUCGUCCUGUUCUAUGGAACAUGUCCAUACGGAACAUUAUCAAGCAUGUAAUGAGCAGUUACGAAGGAACUAUUCAUCUUAAAUUUAUAGAAUUUGGCCCCCAGAAAAAGCUAGAGCCCAUGAUUAGCCAGUGUUGUGCAUCAAUACCGAUUCAUGAAAAGAAUAUGACUAUUGAAGUAGCUGCAAUAAUAUCUACUGUAAAAUCUGGACCAAAUUUAGCAAAAAAAUAUUAUUCAAUGAAUGGAGAAAAAGUUCGCAGUGUUUCAAACAAGAGUUUCAAAUUACAUCCCAACACUUCUCUAGUUAUUGCAGCUAAAGAUGAUAUGAAAGAGUUUUUAGGCAAAGAUACACAAAUCCCUAACGCACAAUUUGGAGAUGGCAUCCCACAAUGUGACAGCUAA